AUGAACGUGCAUUGGAAGCUGCGUGGCAGCGAACAGGCAUCUGUUGGUAUUAUCAACGCCGUAGAGUUUGACCCAGACUUAGAGUUACUAUGGGUAAGUGAUAGUUUUGGACGAUUGAUGAGUUUUACCACUCAAAGCCAGACAAAUACACUUACAUGGACACCAUACUCAUCUUUCUCAGCUUCGACUCGACCAAUAUCUGGUAUUUUCUUUCUACAGGGUGGUAGUAGUGGUGAAAAGAUUGCGACUAUUGCGGAUCGCAGUGUUAUUCGUGGGUAUAAGAGAGGAGGAGCGUCUUAUUUUUGUUGUCCAUUGCCUCCGCAAUCACAGAGUUAUAUUGAUCUUUUUCACGCCAAUGGAAAGACAGGAGUUGUGAGUUUUACUGGAAAUGUUGGAUUGACUCGAAUGACAAUUGAUGAUAAAAGAGUAGGGUUAAGUAUUACUGUACCUCUUAAUGAGUCAAAGGUUGUAGCUCUACAGCAAACAGAGAAAUGGAUUAUCACAGGUAACACAUCUGGUAGUAUUGUUGUUCGUGAUGCUAAAGAGCUUCAGGUUGUGGGAACUGUACCUCCUUCACGUCAUCGAGUUCUUGCAAUGGAUGCAUAUGAUAACACUGUUAUUGCUGCUGUAGUGGAAAAAUCAAUAACGAGCAGUGUACGUGUUUAUGAUGUACGUAAAAUGGAUGAACCUGUUAUAACCAUUGGAAGUAUUCCUUCUGAUAGUAUUUCACAGGUACGCCGUUACCGUGAUUCCUUUGGAGUCUCAGCUGAUCGUGCAUUUGUGUUAACAUCACGUGGAUUUCACAUUGUUCAAUUAGACCAAACCAUACCUGUGUAUAGUUCAAAUGGACUUAUCGAUGAUACCUGCACAUCGGUUGCUGUUUCACCAAAUGGAAUGUGUGCAGCUAUUGGUAAUGAUAAGGGUUACUUUGUGGCACUUGCCCAUCCGGCAACUCGUGAAGAUUAUGUGAUGUCAAGAUUUGAACAGCCGCAAAGACCAGUGAGUCCAGUCUUUACACAGAGUUGGGAAGAAAAAAAAGAGGGAGAUACAUCCGCCUGUUUUGAUGAAUCUGUACCACCUGAAGAGCUUGCAUCCAAUUGGCCUCCAGAUAAUUAUAUGAUAUUAUCUGUUGCCCCACCAACACGUUGUCUUUGUGUGAAUUCACGAUCUAUUGUACAGAAUCGUUGGGGAUUUUUACGUUCUGAUUCUUACUUACCAGAUGCAAAAGAUAAAAUUGCCUCUGAGUUGCCAAAUCCAUUUCCAUAUAAUCUUGAACUUGGUGAUGAUCCAUCAGCUGUGCAACAUCUUCUUUUAGAGAAAAAGAAAGAUCAAAAACGGUAUAAUUUUGGUUUACGAAGUGGUGAAUCUAUGGACUAUGCCCCACUUGAUCCUGCUAAUCAAGUUUGUUACAGUUCUCACCAACGAUUUGAUUGGGGGAGCUUUAAUGAAGUACCAAGAGAUAUCGUUGGUUUGGACAACAGUUUUAUGGAAUGUUGGAUUACUGCUUUAUUGCAAUCACUUUACCUUUGUCAUCCUCCAGACUAUCCUAUUCGAAGAGUUAUUCUUCACCAUUUAUGCUCAAGGGAAUAUUGUAUAGCUUGUGAGAUUUCAUUUAUAUUCUCAAAUAUGUUAAUGGUAUCUUCAGCAGGUCUUAAUCCAAUUGUACAGGUUUCAAACUUAAUUCGAACCAUGUACAGAGUACGUUCAACGGCAUCUCUUUUUGAACCUAUAAAAUCACGAGAUGAUGCCGUAAAAAGAAUGCAUACAGCACAAAAUGUCUUACUUGAAGCUAUUGAUCGAGCUCUUCAAGAUGAAAAGGCCUAUCCUUUUAUGGAUCACAAAGAACCAUGUUUAGAUUUUGAGAAAUCUAUUAGCUUUCUUUUUGGUACAGUAUUUUCUUCUUCUGGUAAGGAGCAUGUAGAGCCAAACUUUUACUGGGAUGUUCCUUCCUCUGCGUUAAAGGUUAAUGAAGGCUUACAACAUCUUCUUAAACAACUUGAGACUUCUAAUGAUCGUAUGGGAAUUCAGCGUUUACCACUUAUAAUUGUAUUACGGCUUAAUCCAGAAGGUGGAACACUGAAACCACCAAUGUCUCUCUGUAUUACUCGUGAACCCAAAAAUGAAUUUAAUUAUAUCUUGUGUAGCAAUAUAAUUCAUCUUUCUGAUGAUGCGGAUGACACUGGAAAUUUUGUGAGUCAUCAGCGUAUAAUGGGAGAUCGAUUUAGUUUGGUGAAUGAUUACCGAGUAACUACACCAAUGGAAGAACAAGAAUUAGAUGCUUUAAUACCUGCUCUCCGAUCACAUCGUACAGUUAUAGCAUAUUAUGCACUUCAGAAUUUACCUCGGAUGCCAUGUGAUACACUUGAGGGUAAACGUGCUCCUAAUAUGUUUGAGAAACUUGGACCAUUACUAUUAAAUGAUGUUCUCUCAAAACCACUUCAACGUAACCCAUUUACACAACGCUUCAAAUCUCCCUUAGAAUCACAUUUUGAUAUUAAACCUAAAGAUUUAGUAGCGAUUGAUGCUGAAUAUGUGAUGCUUAAUUGGAGUAGUAAGUGUAUUAAAACAGAGAUACCAGGUCAGUCGCAGAAAAAACCACAUAUGGCAUUAGCACGAUUGAGCUGUGUGCUUAGUAGUGCUUUAGGGGAUGAACGUGUCAUUGUGGAUGACUACGUACACACACCAGAGACGGUUGAAGACUAUGUAACACAAUACAGUGGUAUUUACCCAGGUGAUUUAGAUCCACUAAAGUCUUCUAAAUGUCUAACGAGUCUGAAGGCGACUUAUUUAAAAUUACGCGCUUUAGUAGAUCGUGGUGUUAUUUUUGUUGGACAUGGUCUUCUUCAAGAUUUCCGUGUAUGCAAUAUUGCCGUUCCCGCUGACCAAAUGAUUGACACCCUUAUUUUAUUUCACAAACCCGGCGGGAGAUAUCUCUCUCUUCGUUUCCUUGCCUAUCAUGUCUUGGGCGAGCGUGUGCAGGAGGAUGAGCACGACUCCGUCGAGGACGCCCGCACGUCACUCCGUCUCUACCGCAAAUAUCAGCAGUUGGUGAGUGAAGGGACAUUCGACACAGUCCUCGAGCGGCUUCUCGCCACUGGCGUCGAGACGAGUUGGUACGUGCCGGAGGGCCGCGACACGUUUGCCGCCUCGCCUGUGGCCUCCACCGGCGCCGCGAGUUCUCCGCUCUUUCCAAUUACAACAGCAGCAGCCGUGGGAGAAAACGGCGGUAGUGGGAAUAGUGCGAGUAGUGGGGAAAUGGCAUCAGCACUCUAA